UGCCAUCCCAAGUGCACCGGUGCCACCUUCUCCCAGCGCCACCACACUCUCCAUCUCUUGUCACCUUGCUCUACUCUCCCCUUCUUAACCUCUUCACGCCACCGCCGGCCACCACCACCACUCUCUACUCCGGCGACAUCAUGUUCAUCAACACGGCCAGCUUCGUCGCCGGCGCCGUCGUCGCUUCGCCGGAGCAGCCGGCCAAGCUUGUCCGGGAUCAGAGGAGGGUGGUGCCUGGCUCCUGCAGGGCAAGAAGAGGUGCAGCAUCCAAUGGCUUCAGAACUUACUGCAUGCAGACAUGGAACCCUUUCACCAACAGGAGGUACGAGGCGAUGUCUUACCUGCCUCCCCUGAGCGCGAAGUCCAUCUCCAAGGAGAUCGAGUUCAUCAUGUCCAAAGGAUGGGUCCCUUGCCUCGAGUUUGACAAGGAGGGGGAGAUCCACCGGAGCAACAGCCGGAUGCCGGGGUACUACGACGGGAGGUACUGGACGCUGUGGAAGCUGCCGAUGUUCGGAUGCUCUGACGCGGCGGCGGUGCUCCGGGAGGUGGAGGAAUGCCGGAGGGAGUACCCGGACGCCUUCAUCCGCCUCAUCGCCUUCGACAGCAGCCGCCAGUGCCAGUGCAUGUCCUUCGUCGUCCACAAGCCGCCGUCGGCCGCCGCUUCUCCGGCCACGGUCGCCGGAGCUGAAUGAACCAAGGUGUUCAGUUCAUGUUCAUCCUCGCUUCGAUGAUCAUCAGUCACAGCAUCCAUCCAACCAGUUUCCUUCCUCUUCUUCGGUCUCUUGCUCACUUGCAUGUGCUGUACCACUUCUUUCAGUUCAACUUCAACCUCAUCUUUGAUGACUACUGUGAUGUACUAAUGUUGCUUCGAGUAUAAUGAGCACAAUGAUGAUCAUAGCAUCCAUCCAACCAGUUAUCUUCCUCUUC